CUGGUGUCUAAAUGGCUAGAUUAAGCUAAAAAAGAGCAGUUUCUUCUCUUUCUGGAGCUUCUACGAGGCGUUUGAGACCACAAAAGGCAGAAUCUGGAUCGCUAGAGCCUUGGUAUUCGUUUUCUAGUGCAGUGGGUAGCUGAAGAGGCCGAAAAACGCAACUGCGCGGCCUGAACAGUGGACGGCUAGACCUGAAAGCUCAGUAGCGCUGCUUGUACUGCACAGAUGGAGAUCGCACCAGCCUCAAAAGAAGCCCCUGUUCGAGACGAACACGGGGAGCUACCUAGCGCUGCUGUGGAGAACCGCGGGGACGCUCGAGACGCUCGAGACGACUCGCUGCCUAUGCCGCUUGGGUCUUCGCUCUUCGCUGUGUCCGCGCGCUGUUGGUCUUCGAUCGGGCCCUGAUUAAACUUGAGAUUUGUAAGAACCUUACAAAAUACAAGUGUCCAUGAGGUUUUGAG